AAAACCUGGUCACUUUUGUUUAUUGCAAUCUAAACGGUUGGAUCGGUUAGACCAGAGUUGUUCGUUUAUGAAAUAUGGUCGGACCUAGUAAUCUGAUGCCGCUUUCAGGCGAGGCUCGACAGCGACUUGCAAGGCCUGCAUGAUUUAUACCCUAAAAUUUUACACUUAAAAAACAGACAAAAUGGUUGAACCGGAUACGUGAAAUGGGCCCUGGCUUAACAUGACGUUGGUUUCGAAACCGAAAGUACACGUUCCUCGAAAAGUUGUACAGUUUGUGGCGAGACGGAUUGUAUGUGAUGACAUGAAAAUAAAGGAUGGCGCAAGCAAUCCCAGAAAAAGACGAUUCACCUCACCAGGCUUCGCUCUCCCUGUCCUCGAUAACGGAGUGUCCCGUGUGUCUGGAGACCCUGAGGAAGCCCAGAUCACUGCCCUGUCGCCAUACGUUUUGCCUGGAGUGUCUGGAGACCUACAUCGCUAAGGUAACAACACCUGCUGUGGCAGACGAUACUCACGCCUCCCCACCCUCUCUUCCCUGCCCUGUGUGUAGAACCCUGGUGUUGCCGCCUACUACUUCUGUGGACAGCAAGCAAUGGGCUAGGCAAUUCCCCACCAAUACAUUUGUUCUGGCAAUUUUGGAAAAACGUAACAAAGCGAUUGAAGAUACCUGUAAAUGCAGCCCAUGCCAGAGGCAGGAAAAAAAUGUCGACGGUACAUUAUACUGUAAACAAUGUUCCUUCUUUAUGUGUACGCUCUGUAAAUCAUCCCUCCAUGAUAUCAUGUUUACUGAUCAUCAUGUCGUCAGCUCGGCCGGCGGGCAACACGAGACGAAGCACAAAAUAUCGGAGGAAGUUUUGUGUGAACGACAUGGCGAUAAAAUGGAGUACGUUUGUUUAGAUCAUGCAGUGAUCGAAUGCUACAAGUGUGUGAUCGCGGAUCACCGACAAUGUCUGAAGGUGGUCCCCGUGGUGGAGUACGCAACCGAGAUCAGAGAAAAGGACCAGGUGACGGAGACGCUGUCGGAUCUGGCGCGUGGCAGUCAGGACAUGACGUCACUUGAGGAGGCUUUCAAAGUUCACACGGAAAUGAUGAAAGACAACGAAGCUGCUGUGAAACAGGAACUGGAUGAUAUGCUGAAACUGUUCCUAGACAUCAAACAGAAGGCAGAAACUAAUCUCAGCAAGAAAACGAAGGCAAACAUUGUAAAAAAUCAAGAUAAAGUCGACGAGUUUGAAAGAUUGGGCAAAAGUAUGACAAACACGAAUGCAGCCAUCAAGGCGGUGUUGUCCGAGGGGAACGAGGUCCAUCUAGUCGCAAAUAUGCUGAGAGCACAGGCGGAAAUACGUACGUGCAAACAGCUUUCCAAUCACAUCCUGACAUCUUGGUUCACAGAACGUCUCUCACUCAAUAUAACUCCGAGUCUAAAAUCGCUUCAAUGUACGAUGAAGUCACCGACAAGAUAUAUAGCUUCAACAAAAGAACACCACCCGAUGCCAACGUUGAACCUCUGUCUACCUCUGUACGGUCGGACCGCCAAGUUGAUGUCGACGUUCCAGAUAUUCGCUACAGGCUCCAGGAUCACUGGUGCAAUCUUCCUUGACAGCGGGCACUUGUUUUUAGUAGAUCACAGAAACCAGCGCCUGUUUCUGCACAACGGUAAAGGUGUACGUGUCGACACAAUGACUCUGAAGGCUGUCCCAUUAUGUUGUUGCCUUCUGAAUAAGAAAAUCGCAGUAACGAUCUUAAGACCAACAUUUAAUAUUCAUCUGUUGCAAAUUAAAAACGAGAAACUCACUCGUCUUCGACAGAUAGAUCUACAAGUAAUACCAUAUGGAAUUGCCGUUACUGAUGGGAACAUGAUCGUGACUUGUCCAGACGAACAACCAUGCAACAUACUUAGAAUAACAGAAGAUGGUCGCACUGAACAACUCUUAACCAUGGAGGGGAGACAGGCCAGGAUGACGUCACGUGGGAAAGAUGUUUUCAUAUCCGAUAUGAAUAGUAAAAUUGGCCAAAACGGGAUCCGCUGUAUGUCUCUUGAUACCCGUGUCUGUCAAACCAUCAAGUCGGAUACUAUGGCCGGUCCCCGCGGACUUGACUUUGACAGGGAGGGGAACUUGUACGUUUGUGGGAAAGGGUCCGGAAACGUCGUCCAGAUCUCCAAGGACAUGAAACAAUGUCAGAAUAUACUGUCAGGUGUCAGAGAAGUGGAGUCGAUCGCUUUCAACGGAAACCGCUUCUUCCUUUCGAUUGAUGAAUCUUCUAAAGGCUUCAUAUAUGAGUUAGUGUAAGGAGAUACGGAAAUUAGUUUAUAUUUGUAUGUAGUAAAGACAUAUCACAUUGCACAGAAACGUCAGUGUACCUUGAUCAUGUAGUACUGAGCUUAGUCCUAAAGAUAUAUAUGUAUAUGU